AUGGCGUUGGGUAACUUAGUGGUUGAUGUAACUGUACCUAUCAAGGGGCCUGCUGAUUUGAAACUCUGGCUGCACGCCAAUGAAUUACAUGGAACAAUUCCGCCCACUCUCUCCGCUUGCCGCAGUUUGUAUGACCUGGGACUCACCUUUAACCAACUGAACGGCAGUAUUCCGCCUCAGCUGAGUCUCCUCACAAGAUUGAAGUUCCUCUACUUGGGAGCAAACAAUCUCACAGGCUCCAUUCCUUCUGAAUUGGGAGCCCUGUCUCAACUACAGAGCCUAUCCAUUAGUACGAAUCAGUUGUCAGGUUCCAUUCCCCCUGAAUUGGGCAUGCUCACUCACCUGCAGAUUCUCAGUUUAUGGGGAAAUCAGCUUAGUGGAAAAAUACCAAAAUCCCUUGGAAAUUGUUCCAAUCUCACAAUGCUUUAUUUAUCUGAUAACAAGCUCAGUGGAGUGGUGCCAAUGGAGCUGGAUUCUCUUUGUAGCCCGCAACAGCUAAGGCGUCUUUUACUUCAGCACAACAAAUUGUCAGGGGAGAUCCCUGUUAGUUUAGCAGGAUGUGAGAAGUUGGAGCUCAAUGACUUAUCUUACAAUAAAUUAGGGGGAAGUAUACCUCCUUAUGUUGUCGCCAGCCUUAAACAUCUGGUAUUCUACCUCAAUUUUUCAUCAAAUUCUCUGCAAGGAUCCUUGCCACUGGAGAUAAGUAAAAUUUCAAUGGCUCAAGCUAUUGAUACCUCUGGAAAUCGACUUACUGGGGCGAUUCCGGAUUCUCUAGGAGACUGCACAGAAUUAGAGCAUCUAAAUCUGUCCCACAAUGCCUUUGAAGGUCCAAUUCCAGAUUCACUAUCCAAAUUACAAAAUCUCCAAGAAAUGGAUCUUUCUAGUAAUUCUUUAUCAGGUUCAAUACCAAUGUCCCUUCAAAGGCUGAAGACACUUCAGUACAUGAAUGUUUCUUUCAAUAAUUUGUCAGGGGAGAUUUCAGAAGGAGGGUUGUUUCCAAAUGGAUCUGUUAUAACAUUGUUUAUGAGAAACCCUGACCUCUGUGGCCCAAAAAAUUUACUCAUUGCUUCCAUGCCCAAAGCAGGCCCAAGAAAAACACGCACUGCUCAAGAAAAUAGUCUUAUCAAUUCCGAAUUUGAUGAGUCAAACUUGCUUGGAGUGGGUAACUUUGGAUCAGUCUACAAAGGCAUUUUAAGGGAUGGUAAGAUAGUUGCAAUCAAGGCUCUUAAUUUGCAGAAUGAAGAAGCUCAUAAGAGCUUUAACACAGAAUGCAAAGUACUAGGGAGGAUUCGGCACCGAAACCUGAUCAAAAUCAUAAGUGCAUUUUCCUACCCUGGCUUCAAAGGUUUAGUCCUUCAAUUUGCAUCUAAUGGGAGCUUGGAGAAACAUUUGCAUCCUGACAGAGGUGAUCAGGAGUUUAAUGAAUUGGGAUUGAGCGACUGUUUGAACAUUGCUGUGGAUGUUGCACAUGGCAUGGAGUAUUUACAUCAUGAUUGUCCUUUGCAGAUUGUGCACUGUGAUUUAAAACCUAGCAAUGUGCUCCUGGAUGCCAACAUGACAGCCCUUGUGACUGAUUUUGGUAUAUCCCGUUUAACUUCUACUCCAAACUCCAUAGAUUCAUUUAGUGCAACAACAUUUGCACUCAAAGGAUCUAUUGGCUAUAUUGCUCCAGAGUAUGGAUUGAGGGGAAUGUUUCUACAAAGGGAGAUGUUUAUAGUUAUGGAAUUCUGA